AUGAGGUUUAAUGGGAUUGAAGAGAACAGAUUUACCUUUCUUUUUGUGCUAAAAGCCUGUGCUAUGAAACUAUGUCAAAUUGAAGGGAAAAUGGUUCAUGGGAUGGUUGUGAAAUUGGGUUUUGAUUAUGAUGCGUUUAUCAGCAAUGCUUUGUCGAAUUUAUACUCCAAGUGUGAAGAUUUUAGAAGUGCAAGCAAGCUGUUUGAUGAAAUGCCUGUGAAAAAUGUUGUUAAUUGGAAUACAUUGAUAACGGCGUGUUUUAGUUGUGGUGAUUUUGAGAACGCGCGUAACUUAUUUGAUGAAAUGCCUGAACGGAAUGUCGAGUCGUGGAAUGCUGUUAUUGCUGGGUAUUGCAAAUUGGGGCAACCUGAUGUUGCCAGAACUUUGUUUGACGAAAUGAAAAAGAGGGAUUCGGUUUCGUGGGGGUCGAUGAUUUCUGGUUACAUUCAGUGUGGAUUGGCACCAAAAGCUUUGGAACUCUUCAAAGGAAUGCAGUGUUUAGGGAUCAAGCCAGAUGGCAUGACAAUUACGAGUGCUAUCUCAGCUUGUGCUCAAUUGGGGGCAUUGUAUAUGGGGAAAUGGAUUCAUUCUUACAUUAUUCGGCAUAAGCUCAAAACUGAUGUUCAUUUAGGUACUGCACUUGUAGACAUGUAUGCCAAAUGUGGAAGUAUUGACGUAGCUAUGCAGCUGUUUCGCAACAUGACAUAUCGAAACAUAUGCACUUGGAAUGCUAUGUUAUCGGGACUCUCUGACCACGGCCAUGGUUUGUUAGCUAUGGAACUGUUUAGAGAAAUGGAGAAUUCUGGUGUGGCACCAAAUGAUGCUACUUUUGUUGCUGUUUUAUCAGCUUGUAGUCAUGUUGGUGCCAUUGAGGAAGGAAGGAAGCAAUUUAAUAGAAUGCAGAGAGAACAACUUAAGAUUACACCAAAGAUCGAGCAUUAUGGGUGCAUGGUUGACAUCCUUGGCCGAGGUGGGCUUGUAAAAGAAGCUAAGGAGCUUAUCAGAAGCAUGCCCAUGAAACCAAAUAUAGUCAUAUGGGGAGCAUUCUUGAAUGCUUGUAGGAUUCAUGGUUAUAUGGAUAUUGAUGACGAUCUUGUUACCCAUCUCUGUCAACUGGCAUCAGAAGAUGGGGGAGCGUAUGUGCUUUUAUCAAACAUCUUUGCGGCUAAUAGUGACUGGAAUUCAGUCGAGGGUUUAAGGAAGAAGAUCCGAGAAAAUGUUAGUGAGAAGAAGACUCCAGGUUGUAGUUCAAUCGAAGUAAACAGCGUGGUUCAUGAGUUUUUCGUUGAAGAUAGAUUACAUCCUAAGUCGGUGGAGAUAAAUGAUGUUAUAAUGGGGCUUAAACAUCAUUCACAAGCUGAGGAUUAUGCAUGA